AAAGAGCUUGUCAGCUUGUCGUUUCAGUUGCCUAGCUAAAACAAAUUUUGUUCAAAUUUACAAAAUUACAAAAAACAUAUUUAACGCAGCGAAGCGAAAGGCAAAUUUUAAAUUCUUGAAACCAUGUCCGAAGCAAAGAAACCAAAACUGGAAUUGUUAAUUCCCGAAAAAUCUCGUACAGAGCCCGACAACGAGUGGUGCCUGAUUGAGAGCGAUCCGGGUGUCUUCACUGAGCUAAUUCGAGGCUUCGGCUGUACCGGUGCUCAAGUGGAGGAGAUUUGGACCUUGGAUCCAGAGGCUUUCCGGCAUUUGGAACCUAUACAUGGCUUAAUUUUCCUCUUCAAAUGGUUGAAUGACGACAAGCCCGUGGGUCGCGUUGUCAUGGAUCGUAGUGAUAUAUUCUUUGCACGACAGGUCGUCACCAAUGCCUGUGCUACCCAGGCUCUGUUAUGCCUUCUAUUAAAUCUUCGCCAUCCAGACAUCGAUUUGGGUAAUACUUUAAAUAGUUUCAAAGCCUUAUGCCAGAAUCUUGAUCCGGAAACUAGAGGCCUGUACCUAGGCAACGAGCAAAAGAUUCGCCAAGUCCAUAACUCUUUUGCUCGACCCGUUCUCUUCGAAAUGGAUAACCAUCAGACUGUCAUAGAGGAGGACGAUGCCUAUCAUUUUGUUGGUUAUAUGCCAAUAAAUGGACGCCUCUAUGAGCUGGACGGAUUGCACAAGGGACCCAUCGAGCUGGGCGAAGUGGGUAAGAAUCAAAACUGGCUCGAUGUGGUGCGUCCGAUUAUUGAGGGACGCAUGCAACGGUAUAGCGUCGGUGAGAUACAUUUUAAUCUUAUGGCCCUGGUAUCGGAUCGUCAACGUUCGUAUGAACGUCAAAUCCAAUUGCUUGUCCAUUUACCAUCGUCAUUGAGUCAUAGCGAGCGUCAAUCGGAGAUUGCUACCCUAAGGAACUAUGUGGCAUACGAGCAGGAGAAGAAGCGUCGCUAUCGUCAGGAGAAUCUAAGACGUCGCCACAACUAUUUGCCGUUCAUCGUUGAGCUAUUAAAGCAACUGGGCGAGACUGGCCAAUUGAUGCCCAUCUAUGAGCAGGCCAAGAAACGGGCCAUCGAAUUCCAGGAGGCUGCCGCCAAAGCCAAUGAAAAGAAGCAAUUCAAGAAACCAUAAAUUAAAUUCCAAUUUCCCCAUAUGUCACUUUAUCGAAAAUCUUUCAUUCAAUUCAAGUUAAAAAUACGAUAGACGAUAAGCUCUAAUCCAUCAUUAAAUGAGAUAAGUCG